AAAACUACCUAAGAGUAAUGGACAGUGGUAGUUUUAGUUUUUGCUUGGUUCGAGACCAUAGAACAGGGCCUCUUCCCAUUCUGUGAUCUUGAAAGCUUUCCUAUCGUAUCGUCAUGUUUUUUAGAGCAAGAUUCUUUCUGAAACUCCACUACUCGUACAACAAGAAAGCAUUGCAACCCUUUUAUAAUCUUUCUUUGAUCUCAUUGUCCCAUUAGCUUACGCCACAUUAAACAAAGGAAAAAAAUAUAAAAUAGAAAGAAGGAAAAUUGAGUGUUCUCUCCCUUUGUUUGCUUUGAGAAAGAAUCUCAGUGAGAGAAUCACACACGGUUACCAUAAAGUCAAUGCACCGACUGCUUUAGUUUCUUUCUUGUGGAGAUCUGACUCUUUGGUAGCUAACUUGCAGUGUUGGUUUGGUUUUUGGGUGGACGGUACAGGAAGGAGAAUUGAGUUUUUUAGAAAGCCGACUCAAUUGCAGCCAAUUAUUUACAAGUUUGAUAAGAAUAUCUAAAAUUAAAAUAUGUACAGAUCAUUUGUUACAUGUGAUGAUCCGAAAGGAGUUGUAGAAUGUGGAACAAUCAGAAAAUCCAAGAGCGCUUCCCAAAAAAUGGAGGAUAAGAUGAGCAGUCAUAGAACUCAAAAGAAUUCAAAUACAUCUAUGGCUCACAAGGCAAAGAAAGAAGAAAUGGCUCCAAAAGGGAUUGUUGAAGAGUAUCAUAGUCCAUCUUCGUUUCAGCUCCUGGAAGUCUCUAGAGGAGCUCAGAAGCUGAACCAUUUGAUUGACUCAUGGUCUAAAGGGCUCAACGAUGGCCAGUCUAAAGAUAUUGCAAGAGAGUUGUUGAAAGGAGCUCUUGAUCUUCAAGAUUCUUUAACAAUGCUCGGCAAGUUGCAAGAAGCCUCGCAGUAUAUGGCUCAGUUGAAGAAAAAGCAGAAGGAGAAGUUAGAAAGCAGAAGAGUUGACGAAGUUUGGAGUGAGAGAGCAAAUUCAUAUCGAUCACAGGAUCAAAAUUACCAGCUGGGAUUUCAAAAGCCAAGGCUUUCAGCUGAGGGAUCUUCAAAAGAUUGCAUUGAGGAUCUUAGGAAUGCAAUUAGAGAUGGCCUUGCUCGGCAAAAUUUGCUUCGAAACAAAUCUACACAAGAGAAGACAAAUUUUGACGGGAGAAAGAGGGAGUCAAUUUCACAUUUCCCCUCCACUAGCUCAAGCCAAUUGACGGCAGUUCAGUCCAAUGAUAUUCAUUCUGCUGACGACUCCAUAACAGAAACAGAUUUGCAGAAGAAGGGAAAAGCUCCAAGUUUGAUUGCCAAAUUAAUGGGUUUGGAAGACAUCCCCUCAAAGUCAUUGAUGUUACCUCCAGAGAAACAGUUGGAUAUAGAUAAGAAUUUGAAUCAACGGAGGCCAGUCUUUGACGUUGAUUUGCCAAAGCUUCGGAAGCCUCAGCCCAUAAUGCAGAAAGUAAAUGCGGACCGAAGGACACUGAAGGAUUUACUGGAAACUGCGCAAUUUCAGGGAAUCCUGAAAGAUAGUUCUGCUAAAGAACUCAAGUCACAGUCUCAUCAGUAUAGUGAUUUCCAUUCUAAACAAAAGUUGAUUGAUGAUAUUCCACCAAUUGUACUUAUAAAACCCUUACGGGUUCCUUGCUUAGAAUCAGAAGAGGAUUUUGCAACAUUUGUUAGGGAACAGCGAGCCUUGAACACAAAAAUGAUGCUGAGGAAAAUGAAAACAAAAGAAGAGUUUGCUCCCAGAUUAAUAGAUAACAAAGAAUGGAUCUUGAAUGCUAGGAAAAUGCACUACAAAUCAGAAACAGAUGAGACUCCAAUUGAAAGGGUAAUCCAGGAAGAAGGAGCUAAGGAUCGCAUAGAGGCAGUUGUGAUACCAGAAGAGAAAGAAGUCAGAACAAUUGACCAGAAAGAAGGAGCUGCGGAUGCAAAGAAAGUAUACAGAAAACUAGAAGCGGCAAAGACUCCAGUUAAAAGAUUUAGCCAUGAAAUAAGAGCUAAGGACCUCAAAGGGGAAGUCACGAGAAUGGAGGAGAAAGAAGUCAAGAAAAAAUUAAAGGAUUCUUCUAAGCUGAAAGGCGCUAAUGCUGCAACUCAGCAACAACAGAAAAAAGAGAUGACAGAUAAGAAAGUAGGUAAGAUUCAGAAGGUGGUGGCUAGUAGCAGGAAACCAGUAGAGAGCGAGACUGUGAAGAUUAAAAGUGUGUCAAGAAAUCAGGUUCAAGCCAAGAUGACCUCUACAAAGCUGAGGAAACCUGAAAAUGGAUCAACUAGUACAAAUGAUCACAUUUCACAGCAAGGAGUUACCACCAGAAAACCCAUCUCAAAACGCUCAACACAUAGUACAGUUCGUAACUCUAAGGGUCAGAAACAGCAGGAAAAGCAAGCCACUGAGCAUACAGCAGCUGAACCCAUUACUGAUAGUUUAGAAUGUAAAGAAGAUGAGAAGAGGAUUGAUCACUCAGUCGAAGAUAAACUAUCUACAGAUGAGGAAGCAAAUGCUUCAAAAUUUCAAACAGAAGAGUAUUUUGGUGAUAGCCAGAGUUCCCUUUGCAUUGUCACUAUGCUAAAACCUGAAAAUGAGAAGAGUGCCAACUCUUUCAAAGAAGUAGAUGGUCAAAUGACUCACAUUACAACAGAUGGCACAAACUUGAAAAGCGGAAACCAAUUGAAAGAUUUGCUUUUGAAUUGUCCAUCAUUUUUGAACCUAGCAGAGGAGCUUUUUCAUCUCAAUGUGAAUUAUAUUGAGAUUUUACCAACAUCUGGCAUCUGCGAUCCACAAGUCACCAACGUCAAACUCUCUCUGGAUUAUGCAAAUGAAUUCAUGCAACGCAGAAGCCUUCCAGAUUCACAAACAACACAUCCUCUUUUAUCUUAUACGAGAAAUACAAGAAUUUAUCUCUCUUUAGAUCAAUUGGUCGAGGAAGUUUGUAAUGGAGAUGAAACUCUUAGAAGCUACCAUAAGUUCACAAGUGACAACAUUCAUACUGACAGUCUGUUUGCAACAUUGGAGAAAGAUAUUAUGAGCAAAGGAGUUGUGAGUGGUAUAUGGGAUUUGGGUUGGAGGAACGGAUUCUCGGUAGAAGAAGUCGAGCACGCUAUCAAUGAUUUGGAGAAAUUGCUUGUUAGUGAGUUGAUAGGGGAGAUCUUUUCAUGUUUCUGCUUUUAGCAAUUUCAUAUUCUGCCUGUAUGGAUAUACAGCUUUUAGAGUUAGUUCUGUAAAUAAGCGACUUUGGUUAAAAUACAAAACAAAAGAGCUAGGCUUCUUGGCAAAGGCGUCAUAGUUAUUGUAGCCAUUUUAAGAUCAAGAAUUGAAGAGUCUGAUAUAAAUACACUUCAGAAUCAGGUAUCCAACACAA